AUGGUCCUCAAUGGUCCUCGUGUGGACCGUGCUCAGUUAAUCAACCCAGAGACCCGGUCGGGUAACGUAGGUUGUCGGCCACUGUAUGACAAUGCGGUCAAUGCGAGAGAUUAUGGAAAUUGUAAGACCAAGCACACUGGUCUUAAAGAGGCUGAAGAUGCCACGACAAGAGCUGAUGUAGCAGUGAUGAGCGGUCUAAUUGUCAUGGACCUGCACCGGCCGCGUCGACCUCGCCGGGGAGCCUCACAGCUGUCAAGAGUCAACCCUGCUUCUACCAUAGCAAAGUCUCCUGUAAACAAUUAUGGGCAGAGAACAGGCUACUACAGACCCCUUCCUGACGUUGAAUCUGCCAUCAACUGUGUAAUCCACUUUGAAUGCUUGCCAUGGACGCUGUGGGUUGAUGGUCUCGACAGACCGUUGCGCCAACCUGAUCGCACCAAAUUCGACACCGAUGUGUAG